CCCAGUGCUCCACUGCUAAAAACAACACGUUACUUCCGCCACACUCGCUUCAACAGAUGCGGGCAAGGCAGUGACUCUCCUGGGCUUUCCUUCCUUCAUGCCAUACUGCCCCUUCCUCAGCGGGGCGUGGAACCGGCAGCAUGGCGGAACCGCUUACCAGUUUCCUACUGCUUACGCAGGUUGUCUGGGUGCACGGUUUCUCGGCAGCGAUGCUUGCAGCAACCCUUCACGGUGACGGUUCGCAACCAAGGACCUCGGCGGAUAUCCCUUCAGCGGUGUCUCUAGCGCCCAUUCACGACGACGUGUGCCUGGUGCGCCCCUCGAGCGGAUCACUGCCUGACUUCUGUUUGGAAACGCUUCAAGUGCGCAUCCCCCCGACCGAAUUCGACGUUUUCUGUUCCUCAAGUAUGCAACAAUGUGCACCCCGUGACACUGACUGUCACCAUUUGCUACAAAUAGUCUCCAACGGCAUUUCGGCGAUGGGGCGUGGAACCGGCAGCAUGGCGGAACCGCUUACCAGUUUCCUACUGCUUACGCAGGAUUUGCUGUCAAAGGUGGUAUCUGUACUGGCAGCAAUGUUGUAAUGGUGAAGGAUGACGGAAGCUUUCUAGCUGUGAACAGUCUCGUGAAGGUGUUCCUGCAUGCGAUAGGCGUUGACGUGGACGGCAUCGGCGCUGCUGCGAGAUGCUCGGCCAACGCUGGACAUCUUAUGGGAAAAGGACAGCUAAAUGUUCCUUUAAGUUUCUCCGAAUGUAGUAGGUCCCUUGCGCAAGCCGCAUUAAGCAACCACAAGUGCCUCAAGAGAAGCAUUAGUAGAAAGACAAGGAGUACUGUCGUUUCACCACCUAUAAUAACAAGGGAAGCGUUUUGUAUGGCACACAAACGCACACCCUGUGAUAGCACUAAGAUGGACAGCCUUGGCUACCGCCCUAAGCAUGGACACCACUGCUAUGUUUUCUGUUGCAAGCACCACAAAUCGGAGAAAAUAGUUGCGCCUGAUGGACUGGAAUGCGGCGAAGAUAAUGUUGGAAUACUAGACAAGGUCACACGGCCACCAUCACGAUCGGAAGGUUGCAGUCGCCAAUUAUUCACUUUCGCAGCAAAGUCACGCCGCAAGGGCCGGUUCUGUAGCCUUUUAUCUUUAAUGGGGCACUUCUCGGACUAUCGCCUGCAUUAGCUAGCAUCCCCAGCCUGAAGCCUUUACACAGGCGACAUCAAUCUGUGGGUCACAGGGGACUGCGGCGGGGACAUCCAAGGCACGUUGCAGCAAGCUGUCAACGAGCUAGUUGCAUACGUGAAACCUCGCGGCGUGGAGUGCGCCCCACAGAAAUCGGAGCUCCUUCUAUAUAAGCCUAAGAAAGGAGGUCGAAGCCCAGACCCCUCCCCCCCACACCGAUAUAUAACUCCUCGUGAAUCAGCAACGCAUACCUACAGAGGCUAGCAUCCGUAUCCUUCGCUUACGCAUGCAACUAAACGGCAGAAACACGGAGGUACUCAAAUAAUUAGAUAGUAACGUACACCAAACCAUUCGCCUCAUUGUGUGCAUCGCAAAUUGACAUCCCGGCAUGAAAGAAAAGAACCUGAUACGCCUGGUAACUGCCUACGCCCUGAGGAGGAUCACCUAUGUCGCCCCGUGGUUUCGUCUCAGUGCGACUAACAAGCUCGAGCUCAAUACCAUGAACAAGAGUUCGUGUAAUGAAGCCGUGCAUCUUCCCAUUUCCACUUCUAACGAACAGCUGGACGCCCUCGACAUUCAGAACACCACACACUAGCGUAUUUAGGCUGAGCUUAUUACCCAAUACGACCGAUUCGCCAAUUAUACGAAGGGCAGGCAUACGCUCCGCAGUUAGGCACAACCUACACCACCCAAUUCAAGCGAAAAGUACCUGUCCAUCCAAAAAUUCGCGCUCAGCUAGUUAUCCCGCCCACACUUCGCUAGAUGCAGCCUGAACACAAGCAGGAACGACAUGCAGACAGAGUUAACUGACUACAAAACCGUUACGACCAAGACGCAGACGUACGCUACGUGGACACAAUGGAAUGUGUCCAUCAGGACGCCAUGGGGGUCGCCGUAGUCAUGGGCGUCGUGUACCGCUACGCCGCGACCGCAUCAAUACUCAGUGCUGAACCCCAAGUACAAGAAUAAACGGCCAUCGCUUUGGCCUCCGCCUCUA